AUGCCAUUACUGCUGGCAACAACACUCGCCAACAAUUCCCAUCAUCAACACUUGAGCUCAACAGCAGCAGCAACUGCAGCAACAGCAACCAUGUUGCUGACGUCGCCGACAGCAGCAACUCAUUGCCUUGCCACAGCAACAUCGGCAGCAGGUGUUAAUGUUCAAAUUACUGGCCAAGGCGUUUCAGCAACUCUAGUCGACGAUCAACUGCAACUGCAACUGCCGGCAAUGGCAGCAUCAGCGGCUAAUUAUGCCGCUAACGUUGCCCAUUUGAAUGGCUUUAACCCUAAAGACAACUGCCCACCAGUUCCACCCACCAAGGAGGCUUUUGAGGGAUUGCUGCGCCUGCCGCAGAUCCAAGUCAAGCAGGAAUUCAUGGAGUCGCCGCCGGAGAGGUCCAGCUGCAAUCCCAUGAACCACCAGCAGUUGGCAACAACACCAGCGCUGGCUACAAGCUGUCGUGGCAAAACAAUAUUAAAUCCCUGGUAUCUAAGGCCAGCCGACGGCAUUGGAUAUCAUAAUUAUAAUAGCAACAACGGCAGCAGCGGGGAAAUCAACAAGGAUGUUGGCCAGCAGAUGACUUCCGCAUGCGGCGAUGGCCAGACAUGUCUGCCAGCCCCGUAUUUUGGCAUGGAGACGCUGGCAUCUGUCAAACAGAGACAGAAAUCCCUGCCAGACUUUCUAAUACCGCUGCACGAAAUUAUGUUCCAACAACAUCAUUACCAGCAAAGGACAAUGGGCACAUUAAUUAAUAGUCUGCCGCCCAGCUUGGUGGGUGGAUAUCCCCCCAAAACAGAGACGUUCAAGUCGUUAACCCCGCCGAAACCUCUGCAGCACCACCAGAAUCACCAGAAUUACCAGAUCCACCAAAAUCACCAGAAUCACACCGGCGACCACUCCUUCGUCCGGCACUUUCACGAACGAGAUCGCCUCAUUCGGGAGCACCAGCUCAAGCAGCAGCAGUUGCGUGACGAGGAGGAAGUCCUCCAGGAGCAGGAGCAGGAGCAGGACUGCCUGGUGGUGGAGCCGGGGAAACCCCAGGAAGUUCCAGCUCAGCUGGAGCAUAACCAUCAUUGGCAUGGCGUCGUUUGCGAUGCCAACGGCCAUGCCACGAGGCUGCUCCACAUUACCCCUCCGAGGGCAGGGCCACCACCCCCAUUGCCCCCUCAACGACCGCCAGUCAGGGAGGUCCUGCCCCCGAACUCCACGUCCUUCCUGGCCAUUGUGGAACCACCCAAGGAGCCCAGCGUUUACGAGCAGCCAGCUCAGAAUGGGCGACAUUGUCGUCCUGCCAACAAAGUUAUGCGGCACAUGUCCAACUCACCCACUCCGCCCUCGCCGCUGCGCUCCCUAUCAGACUGCGGAAAGAGCUUCGAGGAGGAGGAACUGGAGCUGGGCGAGAACUGCGAGAUGCCGCAGAAUCUGAGCAGCAAGCGCCAGGCCAGGGAACUGGAUCCGGAGCUGGAAAACGAGGUCCUGGACCUGGCACCGCCUCCCAAAAGAUUGGCGGAGAACCAGCUGAAGGCGGAAAGAGAGGAGGAAGCGGUGGCCAGUGCCAUUCCGCCGCAGCCCAUGGGAUUUGCCCCCGAAGAAAUGCACCAGGCUCUGCAACUGCAGCUGCACAGCUACAUCGAAAUGGUCCGCCAACUGGCUCCGGAGGCCUUCCCCAAUCCCAACCUGGCCACACAGUUCCUGCUCCAGAACUCCCUGCAAGCCCUGGCGCAGUUCCAGGCCCUCCAGCAGAUUAAGCAGCAGCAGAGGGAGGAUCCUCUGCCCAGCUACUCCACUCCCCUGGCGAAAUCGCCCCUGAGAAGUCCCUCGCUGAGUCCGGUGCCCAGGCACAGCAAGUCCCAGCAGCGAACUCCGCCCAAUUCGAUGACUGCCAACUCCCUGGGACUCAGUAGCGCCGUGAUGACUCCGAACACGCCCAGCAUGCAGCAGCAGCAACUGCAGCAGAGCACUCCCAAACCCUCCAGCGGCCUCACCGUGGCCUCCGCCAUGGCCAAGCUGGAGCAGUCGCCCGAGGAAACCACCGAUCUGGAGGAGCUCGAGCAGUUCGCCAAGACCUUCAAGCAGCGGCGGAUCAAGCUGGGCUUCACCCAGGGCGACGUGGGCCUGGCCAUGGGCAAGCUCUAUGGGAACGACUUCUCUCAGACCACGAUCUCCCGCUUCGAGGCCCUCAAUCUGAGCUUCAAGAACAUGUGCAAGCUGAAGCCGCUGCUCCAGAAGUGGCUGGAGGAUGCGGACAGCAGCGUGGCCAAGUCGGGCGGCGGUGUGUUCAACAUCAACACGAUGACCAGCACCUUGAGCAGCACCCCGGAGAGCAUCCUGGGACGCAGGCGCAAGAAGCGCACCUCCAUCGAGACCACGGUGCGGACCACUCUGGAGAAGGCCUUCCUGAUGAACUGCAAGCCCACGUCGGAGGAGAUCACCCAGCUGUCCGAGCGCCUGAACAUGGACAAGGAGGUGAUCCGGGUGUGGUUCUGCAAUCGCCGCCAGAAGGAGAAGCGCAUCAAUCCCUCGCUGGACCUGGACAGUCCCACGGGCACUCCCCUGAGCAGUCAUGCCUUCGGCUACCCACCUCAGGCCCUGAACAUGUCCCACAUGCAACUGGAGGCUGGGUCGGGCUCCUUCUGCGGCAGCUCUAUCAGUUCCGGCGAAUAGGAUCACCCGGAACACCAAAGCAACCUUGUACAUAGUCAGCUUAUACUCCAAACUCUUCCACGACAUUCCACAAGCCACUCUCUCCAUAUCAAAUGCAAACAAUGCCAUGGAUGUAUUUAGUAAACUAGGUGAUAGCCAGUCGUAUCAGAAAACCCAUUACGAAUUUAUGAGUACAUAUAGUUCCACACUACCUAUUCGUAUCUGUAUGCAUAUAGAGUUCCUAGUUCUAACUAUCCCCCAAUGCCAUACAUGUAUCUGUUGUGUCCUAUAUCCACUAUGCCACAAAUCAAUUCCCCUAGUUCUACUUAAUGUGUAUUGACUUAGAUGUGUAUGUGUACCGAUGUUGUUGUACGAUGUC